AUGUUCUCCAACACCAACUCCCAACCUCCCAUGGCCUACCACCACAGCAAACAGCCUAAGAAGAAAAAAGUUAGUGCUCCCGUCCAUGAACCAAGCCCACAUACUCGUGGCAGAGGAAGGCUUUCCACAAAACAACGUUCCCCACGCCAGCGCUAUAUCAGCCCGUCUGGAUUUGAACUAGUUGGGACACUUCACAAAGUCAAGAAGUCAUCAAACAACGCAGAUCUCGGAUACACUGUGACAGACACUGUGACAGACACUGUGACAGAACAGGAUGAACACCUUUAUGAUAAACAGCAACAUGGUGUUUUCAUGGACACUUGUUCAAUGCCUUUAGACUUGGGCCAGGAGACGCUGGACCAGUAUAUGGACAAUGUUGGGGUCAUGAGGUCCUGGACAUUGAAGGUCCAGGAUGAGGACGAGGAGGACAUCGAGGACAUCGAGGACGAGGAGGACGAGGAGGACGAGGAGGACGAGGAGGACAUCGAGGACAUCGAGGACAUUGAGGACAAGGAGGACGAGGAGGACCACAACGAGGAGAACGAGCUUCUGGACAUCUGA